AUGUGCCACAAGAGUGAGGUGUUCAUUGCUGCAUACAAGACCCACAGUUGCAUACACAUCCUCAAGUUGGACCACAGCAGCAAGUACAUUGGCAAUGCAGCACAAGAGUGGAUGGCCUGCCACAGCAUCCAGCACAUCACUGCACCAACCUACUCCCCCAAGCACAACAGCAUCACUGAAUACCUCACAAACUGGUUCUGGGCCAAGGCCCUCAACACUGUGGUCUACAUCAACAACCACAUGCUGUCCAGGUCCAUUGACAACAAGGACCCCUUCCAACUUCUCCAUGGACACACACCUGACAUCUCCAAGCUACAGCCAUUCAGCUGCAGCAUCUACCUCCUCACACCUGUGCAGAUGUGCAACAAGCUCCAGGACUGCUCAUGUGAGGCUGUCUACCUCAGCCUGUCAGUCCACAGCACCCACCAUUGA